AUUAGCUUUUCUUCAUUAACUUGCGUUUCCCAGGACCUUGCGAACGUUUACUUGCAUAAAUAAACAAGUGACUCGUAAUUCAAUGUUUUAUAUAGGUGUGGUGUAGUUUUACGUCGUUCAAUAUAACAAUUUAACGAAACAAUGUGGGCGUGUGAUCCCUCAUUGACGUCGACCAUCCUCGGUAGCUACCAGGGCGCUGGGCCCCUGUUUGUGCAAGCUUUGGAGACAUUCUUCGCUGCCCACUGUGCUCUCGUCGGAGACCAUGUUUGGCCUGCUGACGCUACAGAGGCUCUUCUUGAAGAUCCAAAUUACGACUUCAUAGUAGUUGGUGCUGGGUCAGCCGGGUCGGUGGUGGCCAACCGCCUCAGCGAAGUACCGGAAUGGAAAGUGCUGCUGGUUGAGGCGGGCGGGAAUCCCACUUUAGCUACUGAGGCACCGCAAUUGGCUUAUUCAAACAUUGGAACCGCAGAAGACUGGAACUAUCGACCUGAACCUCAAGAAGGUGCUUGCCGAGCGUACAAGGGACAACAAUGUACUUGGCCACGGGGAAAAACUCUGGGAGGAUGCAGCAGUAUCAAUUUCAUGUUCUACAUAAGAGGAAAUAAACUUGACUACGACGAAUGGGCUGCCGACGGAAACUAUGGCUGGGACUAUGAUAGUGUUUUACCAUAUUUUAAAAAGAGUGAAAAUUUUACCGGGUCCUUGGAUGACAACAAAGUUAACUAUCACAGUACUGGAGGAUAUCUAAAUGUAGAGAAAACUCCAAUGCAUCCGCUUGAACGUUUUCUUUUAAAAGCUGCUUCGGAAAUAGGAAUUGAAGUGAAAGAAGAUUUGAAUACAGAAAACCAAAUAGGAAUUACGAAAAGUUAUACAACCACAAAAAAUGGCAUUAGACACAGCACAGCAAGGGCAUUUUUAAAUUCUAUAAAAAAUAGAUCAAAUUUGCAUGUGGUCAAAAACGCAUUGGCAACUAAGAUUUUAUUUAAACCUUCCUCCAACAUUGUUGACGGAAUAAUUAUUAAAAAAGAUGGUCAAGAUAUUGUCGUGAAAGCUAAAAAAGAAGUCAUCUUGUCAGGGGGUGCAAUCAAUAGCCCACAACUGCUUCUUUUAUCUGGAAUAGGACCUCAAAAGCACUUAACCAACUUAGAUAUAGACGUUAUUGCUGAUUUACCAGUUGGAGAAAAUUUGCAAGAUCAUGUGUUUGCUGUCAUCUAUUUUAAAGCGCUGACUGGUGAAAAGCAAUCCAAUUUCAGCUCUAAAGAAAAAAUCGUUAAACAUUUUAGUGAAUUUGUGUUACAACAGUCUGGAAUAUUCGCAGAUGUCAGCCCUCAUUUGGUUACAGCUUUUGUAAAUACAACAGAUUCUGCUGCCACCAGUCCUGAUAUACAAUUUCAUUAUUUAUUCUUUCCUCCGGGUAUCAAAAAUGUAGUGGACAUGUUUACGAAACACAACUUCAAUGACGAAUUCCGUGACUACAUGGCUGAAAUGAAUAAAGAAAAUACUAUUUUGUUAGUUUACAGCGUUGUUCUUCAACCAAAAUCUAAAGGACGGAUACUUCUUAAAACCAAAAUUCCAGAAGAGCACCCUCUUAUUUACGCUAAUUAUUUCGAUCAUUAUGAUGACAUGCAUACGCUUAUUAAAGGAAUGAAGCAAACUUUGGAGUUGGCCAAUACGAAUGCUUUCAAGGAAGCUGGUUUUGAAGUAAUGUGGCCUAAGUUAAAGGCUUGCGAUUCAUAUGACCAAGGUAGUGACGAGUAUUUGGAAUGUUUUGCAAGAGAGCUUACUUUAUCGUUAUAUCAUCCAACCAGCACUACAAAAAUGGGUCCUGACGAUGAUGAAAGUGCAGUCGUCAAUCCUGAAUUGAAAGUUCGAAAAAUAAAAGGUUUGAGAGUUAUAGACGCUAGUAUCAUGCCAAAAGUUGUAAGAGGAAAUACAAACGCGCCAACUAUAAUGAUAGGCGAGAAAGGAGCUGAUUUAAUUAAGAAAGAAUGGCUACAUGAGCAUAAUGAACUGUAAAGUAAUGCAUUAUUUGAAAAUUAAAUGGUUUAGCACCUCC